AUGUCUACAAUGCAAGCCAUCCAAAUCCAAAACUACAACGAAGCCUACCAUGUCUCGCACGUCCCCAUCCCCACCCCAAAACCACACCAAGUCCUGGUACGCAUUAAAGCAGCCGGAUUCUGCCAUACGGAUCUGAUGGCACUGAAUAAUGAAUUCAACACCAAGUUACCAUUUAUCGGGUCGCAUGAACCGGCGGGGAUUAUUGAGGACGUUGGGGCUGAGGUAGAGGGGUUCCAGCGGGGUGAUAGAGUGGGUUGUGUUAAUUUUGAUAGUGUUUGUGGGAAAUGCCCGGAUUGUAAAGCUGGUUUGCCGGUGUAUUGUGAUGCGCCUCUCAUGAAGGGUAUUACCACUGAUGGGGGGUGGGCGGAGUAUAUGAUUGCGGAUGUUCGGUUUAUCGUGAAACUUCCAGACGACAUGGACUUUAAAAUCGCCGCUCCUCUAAUGUGUGCCGGGAUCAGCAUCUACGGAGGGAUUGUCAAAGCAAACGUGCCUGAAGGAGGCUCGAUUGGGAUAGUUGGAAUAGGGGGCCUGGGGCAUAUUGGGACUCAGGUUGCGAAAUGCAUGAGCUACAAAGUCGCCGCAAUCGACAUAAAACAAUCCGCUCUCGACGCCGUCGCGGCCCACCAGCACCACCCUGACGCCUUAAUCCUCGCAACCGACCCGUUGGAAACGUCAUUGCAAAAGAUAACCAACAUCGUGGACUCGGAAUAUCCCGGGCUGGACGCGACGGUGCUAGCCACCGACCACCCAUCUGCGUUUGAAUUAGCGGCUGCUCUGACGCGAAAGCACGGGACGAUGGUGCUGCUUGGACAGCCGGAAAAGGGCAUUACCAUGUCGUAUGCGACUACGAUUUAUAAAGAUAUCAGUCUGGCUGGGUCGUUGGUUGCGGAUACGGCGCAGGCGCAGGAGUUUGUGGAGUUGUUCCAUGAGAAUCGGCUGCAUGUGGAGGUUAAGGAGUGGGGGAUGCAUGAGGCGGAGGCGAUGAAGAGGGAGUAUUUGGGCGGUGGGUCGAACGGGAAGAAUGUGAUUGUUAUUCCUUAG